UCCAAAACUAGACGUCUAUAAAUACCAUUUAUAUACAAAGAUGUUUAAUUAUUAUUAGAGAGAAGAGAUCGAUCAUAAUAUUCGAAUAAUUAUCAAAAGAGAGAUGGCAAUACAGAUGAACAGCUUCGUUGGAACACUCACAAUAUCAUCUUGCUCAGCCCUGCUAAUCACUCCGGGAAAUGGUACUAAUUUCUACGGAAGGAAGCUUCAAACAACUCAUUUUCACAAAGGAAGUCCUCUACAACAUUACAUGAGAAGUGAGAAGAUGAUUGCUAUAACGGCAAGGAGCAGGAAUAUUUCCCCUUACUUUACAUUUCCAAAAUUUAGUAAUGGUCAUAUUCAGUUGUAUGAUAAAUAUAGUGAGCUUCAGGAGUAUGGAACUUUGCUGUACAAAAGUUUAGAUACUGGUUAUGGUCAUGAAUUCCCAAAAAACAAUCAGAGGGUUGUUGUGAUAUGUACAAUCUAUAAUGAGAAGCAAGAGGUGAAAGGAAUAGAAGAUGAGAAAAUUACACUUGUUAUGGGAGACAAAACUAAUGAGCUUGGUAAAGGGUUUGACAAAGCCCUACGACAAAUGAGAGUAAAUGGACGAGCAAUAUUUAUCAUUCAUAAGAAUCUUUGGCCAAGUGGAAGAAGAAUGCCCAAGACCAGCUUUGGCAGUAGCCAGAAGUACAUAGUUUGUGAUGUAACAUUACUUAAAAUUUUGGGAUAAUAAUAAUAAUAAUAAUUAAAGUAUUUAUAAUUCCAGAAAAAUAAAAUUAGAGUAUUUAUUAAAUAUAGAAUUAGAGUCAUAAUAUUGACUCUAAUUGAACCAAGUAAUUAAUUAAGAGCAUGUGUGUGUGAGCUGUUGUUGGAAUCUAAUUAAUUAGCUGGUGUUUGAGAUCAGGGGAUUUGCAAUUUGCAUAACAGUUGUUAAUUGUUAAACUCAUGAAAAUGUUCUAAUAAAAUAAUAUGUACUCACCACUACCUUUUUUCUUUUUUUGAGAAUAGUACUGUAUAUUAUUCUUC